CUAUUUGACGGUGCAUAUGUUGGUGUUUUAUUUAUAAACUACUAUCCAUGGGCAGAAACAGGAAUUUCCUGCGUAUCUGUGGACAAAAUCUGACGCCACGGUCAGGGCCUACAGGUACACCAUCCAUAGCGCGACCCUGUUCCAUAAUUAACACCGCGGCCGGUAAUCACACUGCAACCUGAGCCUGGCUCCCAUCCUGAUGCCUGGUUCCAACGGCUGCUGAGGGUGGUGCAGCGGUACCACGGUCCCAAAAAACAUUUUCGCAUAAAACCUGCUAUGCAGAAGUACUCCAUUAGACGCAAAAGAAAACGCUUACACACAUGCAUAGUGACAGCCAUCGAUGGCUAACAGCCUAACAAGCAAGCAACACAGGAACAAUAUGGAUCUGAAAAAAUUGCCAUGGCACUUCAUCUGCAGCUAUGCGUCCAGAGCGUGAGCGGGGAACAGAUCCAAGGGAGCAUAGCGAGGCUGGAGCAGCAGGGGGCAGAGGGAGUUAGGGAGCUCGCGUGCGCCGGUUGCCAAAGCUCAAGCGGCGGCGGCGGCUCCGUUCCGCGACGGCAUGGAACACCACACACUUGGCCGCUGCCAUCAUACUCCAUGGGCGCUGACGACGGAGGGUGUCAGCGACCUCUUCGACUGGAUGGGAUAAUGGGCCGUCUUGUUGGGCUUGACUCACCUGGAUCCUAAGAAUUGAACCAACUACAUAUACCUGGAAGAGGCUACCAGAAAAAUCGGUUUGGACCGAACUCUACUGUUCAUCUUCCUCCUCUAAUCCCCACCUUUCUUUGAGUUUCUCUUCCAAUUCAACUGUAAUUCCAACAAAUCCUUGAGUUGAACUACUGGGAUCCUCACACCUGGUAUCAGAGCCAUACACCACCCUUCAAAAUUUCCCCCAAAAAUCCACAAAUUACCACCAGACAUCUCUUCCUUCAUGGAGCACGAGACUCGCUGAUGAAGGCGAUGCGAGAGUUCGCCAUGGCCGAGCCCAAGAACUGCCACAAGGAGUGGACGGCGUACAUGGCGCUGGUGAAGGCGAAGGAGACAGCAGCACUCGCCUCCCCAACAAGCGCUACCUCGCCUCCACACUCCCGUGCAUGCCCCGUCGCCACAUCAGCAUCGGUUUCAUCCACCAACGUCCCCGCCACCGGCCGCGCAGCCACGGCCACACCCUUCACAACGGCUCCACACACCGAGUCGCCGAAGGACAAGUGGGCCGCCAAGUUUGAAGCCUUGAUCGACGAAGCGCUUGUUGCUAUACGUGCUGAGUGGAAGGCGGCUGCAAACAGCCAAGGAACUUCGUCUCCGACGACCUCCUCACACGCCCCCGCAGCAGAGGCCCUGGACUCGACACCAGCCCUUGUCCGGCCUGUGUCCACCGUGGCACCAGCGGCUUCCUUCACCCCCGACCCAGCAGCAACAACCGCCACGGGCCUCUCCUUGCCGGCCCCAGGUUAUGCCGCGUCUGCAUCCUGCGACAUCGACAUCGACAUCGACAUCAUCCUCAAGACGCCCGCUACCUGUUCGACGGAUUGCCUGCAAGGCAAUACAAGCGCAGCUUCCACAUUGGGUGUCCCAUGCGUUGGACAAGCACCUUCCAUGGUGAGCGACACCAUCUUCAACGCUGAGUCGCCAGCCAUCGGCUCGACAGUAUGCCCCAGCCAAGAGAAGGACAUGACACAACAAUUGGAUGUUGGUUUGGUCGCGUCUUCUGCUACUGAGGGUAUCGAGCUCAGCAACACUCUGAUGGUGCCACGCCCACUCAAGUUCUUCAUUGUGCAGAAUGUCACGGCACUUGUCUUUGGUCUACUUGACAUUGGCCUUCACAUCGACAUUGCCUUGAAGGGCCACAACAGCGACUCUGCUUCAAGCCUCCUCAUCAAGACACAUACCUGGUAUGCACAGUGUAGAUGUCCUCCUAUAUCAUUCUAUGGUCCUGGCCUUGUUUUAAGUGUUGCUCAACAUGUGUUUUUGGCAAUGAGCAAUAUGACUACAGUAGUUUCAGAGAAAGAUUGGUUAUCAUUUCUGUGUGCUAACCUUCGUCAACCAUGGCCUCCACCCUUUGGAGUACACUCUAGUGCAUUUCUUAUUGCGGCUCACAUGCUGGAUAACUUACAAGUUGAGUUAGUGCAGCUUCAACCUUGGCCCUCAUGGCAGCUAUUUCUCUCAUUUCUCACUAUGAUGGGUUAUUUUUGUGAUAUCCUUGUUUCCACUUCUUCUGAAGUUAAAUGGAAGAACAGAUUGGUGCUCAACAAGUAUGGUUCUUGGUCCAACACUAUGCUGUUCCAUUCUCCUUCCCAGAUCUCAGGACAAUCUUGUGCUAUUCCUGAUACUUGUUACAAGUGUCUGAUUCUUUGCGGAGGAAUUGAGAGCAAAAUUAUCAUAGUGCAGUUUUUAAAUGGUUUGCCUGAGAGAUAUUGGUCCAGCAAGUUUUACUGCAAGGGGAAGCAGCUGCUCCAUUGUGCAAGUGGCCAUACCAUCACUCUUCACCCAGCUGUAGCAUCUGGGCACUCUAAAAUUGUACCAUCACUGCAGUCUAGAGGGACUCAAGCUACUGUUGUGUUUGACCUUGUGGCAUCAGUAUAUUUGGUGGUUUCUAGUGCACAUACAGUUCUGAAUUUUCCUGGCACGCAACCAAGUCAGGUCCUUGUUCUUUGUCUUGCUUUGAAUCAGAUUAUUGAAUAUUCCACAGACACGAGCUCAUGGAUUGAUGCAACACCUAGUGUGGACCAUGCUAUUCAAGGCGGUUCUGAACUUGGUUAUAGUUGGCACUAUUUUCAGCUGGAGCUACUAAUUGAUGGUUUCUUGCACACCUUUGUUAGCCGCAACCUCAGUGGUUACAUUAUUCUAUAUGGUUCUGAACAUAUACAAUUGCAUAUUGCCGGGUUAUUCAGUCAACCACUAUUGAAGAAUUGGGUUCAGCUUUACCCUACUAGGAAGGCUCUCCUAUAUGAUUCUACAGAAUUCCAAUGGCAGAUCGCAUGGUCAAUUGGCUUAGUGUGCUCUGAUACCUGCAAGCAGUACUUCACAGUAACACUGUGAGAUUAUUUGGCUCACGGUAUGCACCUGCGUCUUCAUCAAGCUACAGGUGUCGAUUGUCCGAUUGUGCCGAUCAUGAUGGAGGGCCAGGAUUAAAGCCAAGUGAAGAGGGAAAAUUACUUCACGCAGGCAUCUUGGUCUCGCCGCCGCUGACAACCUUGCCGU